UGUAGACGCAUUUUGAAUUGCCAGAUGAGUGGAUUCGGUCUUAAGAUUGUGCUCUUUCUGCUGGCCCAAGCGGCGGCCCUUGGAUUGGUGUGGAAUCAGCUGGAACUGGAGCAAACGGAGCAGCUGCUGGUGGAAAAUCUAAAGCAAUAUCUCUUGGAGCUAAGACAAAGGCAUCAGAUGAUUAAAAAGACGCUUCAUCAAUUGCGUGCGGAGAGCGGCAGAGAUGGUGAAUUCUUUGAAAUACAUUUGUCGGUGCCACAGCGGGCCAUGGCAUUAAUCCGACGUCUCCAUGAAGAUUGGCCUAAUUGGAUGGUGUAUCUCAAUGCCACAGAAGGAGGAGAAGGCCAAAUCAUAGUGGCUAAAGAACUCCGUCAAAGAUUGCCCAAAAGAGAAGAUCUCAUCCAAGCAGCUAAUGAUGUUCAUAAACUGCAAAUUACUUACAAUCUAAAGCCACAUGACCAAUAUUUCCGCCCAUUAAAUUCAAGGGACUGUCUGGCACUGGGAACUUAUCUAGCACAUCAGAGGAACCACCAACAUGCGGAGGAAUGGCUGAAGUUAUCCCUGAAGCUUUACAGAGCAGGCGAAACAAAGAAUCGCACAUCGUUUUACAAGGACGCCCAGUACAAGCAUCUGUUGUAUCAUCUAGGAGUAACAAAGUACGCUCAAAACCCAUCGGAUGGAUAUGCCUUAAAGUUGAUAGCCAAGGCGUAUUCCCUGGCCCCUCACGAUGAACAAAUUGUAGACCACGCGGAGUAUGUGCUGGAACAACGGCCCUAUUUCGAUGGAUGCCGUGGUGCGUUUCCGACCAAAUCCCAUCACCACAGUCUCCACUGUCGGUACCACAACAAGGGGUCUGCUUUCUCGAGGCUGGCCCCAUUGAAACUAGAGAUAUUUAGCCAUGAUCCCUAUGUAGUGAUCUACCAUGAUGUUCUAUACGACGCGGAAAUGCAAGGUUUGAUCGAUUCUACACGCCGCAGAAUGAGCCGCUCCAUGGUGCAGUACGAGAUCCGUCAGAUCGAGAUUUCAGAGCAGCGCACCUCAAAGGAAGCUCCCUUCACGGAGAAGAAUGAUCCACAGCUGUUGAAACGCAUCUACGAUCGUCUCAAGGAUAUGACUGGCUGUAAUAUGUUGAGGUCCGAGCAUCUUAGUAUUCUUCUCUACGAUCAGGGCGGGCAUCAUGAUCCCCAUGUGGAUUACCAUGAUUUGUAUUGGCAUCCGCAGGAGUACGAGUAUCAUCCUUUCGGAGAUCGACAAGCCUCCGUUGUAUUCUAUCUAAACGAUGUGGAAGAUGGCGGCGAAACAGUUUUCCCCAAACUGCAAUUGGUAAUACCUCCUACGAAAGGAUCUGCUUUGAUGUGGCAUAAUCUAAGGCCAUGGGGCGAAGGCGAUCCUCGUACGCAGCAUGCCUCUUGUCCAGUUCUUAGCGGCUACAAACAGGGUAAGGCUGCUAUACUUUAUCCUUCGGUUUUAACAUUGCUUCCCUCUUUAGUGGCCAUUCAGUGGAUUCUUCAGGGAACUCGCGAUUUAGUAACCGCCAAAGAUGCUCUGAGUAAACGAUUGAAAAGUCUACAUUCUCAUAUGGGUCACGCUCCGCUGCAGUAGACCGUGACAAACUGUUUUGAAACACUAAAAAUAAAUGCACUAAAGAAUAUUCCCCACUCGAA